AUGUUUAGUUUAUUCAAGAAGGUACCAGAAGAAUCAACUGGCUCUACUGAAGAAACAUCAAUAGAAUCAGAUUCAAACAAUAAUACUUUAAAACUAUUUUCAAAAAUAUUACCAUCCGGUAAUGAAAUUAUCUUAAGUGAACCAUUAUCGGAGAAUGUGAAUUAUAUUCGUAAUCAACUCUCAAGUUUCUAUGAUAUUAAUAAGUUAAAAUAUGAAGAAAAAGUCUCACAAACAAUAGAAAACUUUGAUUACCUAAAAAGAUAUACAAAUGAAAUUAUAUUAAACGAUGAAUAUGAAAAAAAUAAUAUGAUCUAUACAAGCUUAGCUUCUACAUUUGGUGUCUACUGUACUAGUAGAAUUCUUUGUAAUAAAAAUAACUGGCGGAGUAAUUCAUUGGCUCCCAAGAGCUUCGUGAGUAGGAUAUUUACUAAUUUACCUGCUAGAAUAAUACUUCCAGUUUUAUUCCCAGUCAUUACUUUUAAAACUUUAACCCCUAACACAUUCAAUAAUAUAUGCAAAAGUUUAGAGCAAAAUAUAUUCAAUCCAGAAUUCACUAAGCAAUAUCAUGAUAGUUGGGAUGAAAUAUUGAGAAAAACAUCCAAUUUCUCCAUAUCAUUUAAUGAAAAAAUGUACGGUCAUAUGGAACUUGCAGUUUGUAGAGCUCGCUUGUAUAUCAUUGAUAAACUUUCCAGUGAUGAAGAUGAUUAA